AUGGAAACAGCACAUUCUAGGCGAGGAUGUGUUCUUAUCUCUUCCAUUCGAUCAGCAGAACGAACAUUCAUUGAAGUAAAUAGACUUUCGUUGAAAAACAAGAAAAUCUGUUUUAUGACAGCCAAUUCCGAUAACAAUUCCGUUCGACACUCAGCAUUGUACGUCUUCUACUCGCAUCGUAACGUAAGCCUUCAUAACCAACUUCUUCUUAAAUCAGUCUUCAAACGGAAGAAGAACAUUCACAUGGCAUUCAUGGAAGGAUGA